AUGGAUAUCACAAAGUUUGUGGUAUCCGGCCGAGCCCAGGCCUUCGGCGACAAUGCGGUAUACAGGGGCCAACUCUCUCGCCGACUCCUAAAGUCCCGGAAAACGCUAGGCAUCGCAACCAGGAACCGCGGAAAGUACCAGAAGAAAGACGAGGUGACAGCAGAGCAAAUUAGGGAGAACCCCGAAUAUGUGCGUCUUCUGCUUCUUACCAGCGAGCGGGCCUGGGCCCAUGCCAUGAGUAUGAGGACCGCCCACAUGGCCGACGCCAAGGGAAUCGCCGGCCGGACGAGAUCCCACAUCAUCUCCCGGAUCGAAAAGGCGGCGCACACGGCCGAGCACCUCGUCUCAAUCCUCUCCGACUCUGAGGACUCCGGAGCAAAAUCGACGGAUAUCCUCGAGGCCUUCGCCUACGCAGGCAUGAUGCGCGGAGCGGCCAACUUCGAGAAGCAGAGCUGGGAGAAGUGCUUAAAGAACUACUCUGUUUCCCAUGCCAUCUACAGCGCGCUGAAGACGUCUUCUGCCGACGGCGAGACGUACAAGGAUCUCCUCUCCGAAAUCAUCGAUCCUUCGAUCCAAUUCGCCGCCUAUCAGCUCAAGACGCCCCGAACCGUGCCGGUCCAUAUCAUCGCUCGAAAAGCCUUCCCGACGUCCAACUCAUUCCUCGUGGAUGAGAUUAACGAACGGGAUCCGUCCGUGUUGAGGCAAGAGGACGCGGAGUCCAAGCAGGAAGCUGGUGUGGAGGAUGUGCCCAAGACGCUGGCGUGGCGGUCGAGAGAAGUACGCAUCGAGGACGCCGCGAUUGCGCUCGCCUGGAAAGCUACUCUGGCGGCAAAAGAGGCCCUCACGAGUAAGGUGGCUUCAUCAGGAUCUAUAGUCCCUAAAGAACUGGCCGGCGCAUACGAUGACAUCCUUACGGCUACCCAGGAUGCCGUUGACGCGACGAAACAGGCAUUGGAUGAGCUGAGAGGCGAGAACGUUCCGCAGACCGACCCUCGCAUGCAGAGUCUGCAGAUUACGCGUACAGCAGUUAACUUUGAGAUGAUAAGCUGGAGAGUAGGGCGCAACCGUGUUCUAACCGGACCCCACGAUGGCGCGCUUGAGGAUUAUGCCGAGUUAUCGAAGAGGGAAUUGAAGAAGAGGGCUAAGGCUAAGGAUGAGAACAAGCCAAGGGAGAUGAAGCUGAAGCAGAAACUCAACAAGUUAAAGGAAAGAGUUGCUCUCUACGAUGGCGCUCUUCAGAAUCUAGAGGAAGCCAAAGCCCUCCCUGGUGUACCUGCCGAUGAGGAACUAACACAGCGGCUGGAGGCAACCGAAAAAUACUUUACCGCACUCAAAGCCCUCUCCAUCGCCCGCUCCCACGCCCUAACCGGCAACAGACGUAACGCACUCGCCCUCCUCGCCCACGCCCACACCCUCGUGCAAACCUCCACACCCAUCCUCACCUCCCCGACGACCCCCAACUCCCCCCUCAACAUCCAAGUCUCCCCUACGGACCUCUCCUUCCUCGAAUCCCUCCUCGAUGGCCAAGUCCAGCGCUUCCGUGCCCUCGUCCACAUCGAGAAGAAGCUCGAGGAGAAUCCCCCAAAGUCCAGGGUCCAUCCUUCCGUCCCAUUGAUCGACCGUCUGCACGAGUGGCCCGCCGAGGGCGUCGAUCUCGAGAACCUUGUUGAGUGGCCGCCGAAGUUGCCGCUUAUUCCUGGGAAGCCUAUUUUCCUUGACGUGGCGUGGAAUUAUAUCGAUUAUCCUGGUAGGCGCACUGAAGAGGUUGAGGAGAAGAAGGAGGAAGAGGAGAAGGGCGAGGCUGCGAAGCCUGCUCCAGCGCCACAGAAGAGGGGAUGGUUCGGAUUUGGAAGGUAA